AUGACUGAAAACGAAGACCAAAAUCUAACAACACGUUUUAUUGAUGAUUACAGCUUACGACAAGAUAAGCUAAAAACAAUGAAAUUAAAACUGAACCAAGAGCAGUCUGUUUUUAAAAAUCCAAAUAAAUUAGCCCAAAAUGUAACUAUUGCUUCAUUCAAAGUAGCAUACUUAUUAGGAAAGAAGAAAAAACCGUUUUCCGAUGGUGAAUUAAUUAAAGAAGCGUCUGACUCAUUAUUUACGGACUUCAAAAACAAAAGUGAAAUUCUAGGUGCCAUUAGUUCAAUUCAAUUAUCAAGUAACACAGUAAUGCGUCGUAUUGGAGCCAUAUCUUCAAAUCAAAAAACUCAAUUACAGACUGAUUUAUCAAAAUGUUCAUAUUUCAGUUUACAAAUGGAUGAGUCUAACGAUAUGAUUGAUACUUCACAGCUUUCUAUUUUCAUCAAAAUGUGUUUUAACGAUUUUUCUGUUAAGGAAGAAUUUUUAAAAGUCUUAUCGUUAACAGGAAGAACUAGAGGAGAAGAUAUUUAUAAAACGUUUAAACAAUUUGUUGAAGAAGAAGAAAUUCCAAUUGAAAAAUUAGCUAGUAUUACAACAGACGGAGCCCCAUCAUUUUGUGGAAAUAAAAAGGGAUUUUUAGCGUUAUGUAAAAAUGAUAAUUCGUUUCCUCAUUUUUUUCAAUAUCAUUGUAUAAUUCAUCAACAAGCAUGUGGUACAGUUAUAAAUAUAAACAAUGUUAUGGAACUUGUAGUGAAAAUUGUAAACAGCAUCAGAGAUAAGGCAUUAAAAAGACGUCUUUUUCGUGAACUGAUGGACGAAGUAGAUUGUCAUUAUGGAGAUUUACUAUUACAUUCUAACGUUCGUUGGUUAAGUAAAGAGUUACAAGGUAAAGAAAAACAAAUUAUUGAUAUGAUAUCACAUGUUCAAGCGUUUUCUAGUAAAUUAGCAUAUUGGGAAAAUAAAAUGAAAAAUGGUGAUUUCCAGCUUUUCCCUACUCUUCAAGAAACAAUAAUUAAUUAUUCUGAAAAUGUUUAUGAGCCUACAAACCAUAUAAAUAUAAUUCAACAUUUACGUUCCGAAUUUAAAAGAAGAUUCAACGACUUUAAAAUACUUGAGCCAGUUGCGCAGUUUAUAUCAAAUCCAUUUACUGGGGAUGUUGAGACAAAAGCGAAUGAAAUUGGAAAUUUGUUUAAUCUUGAUAUAACAGUUUUGGAAAUGGAAAUAAUAACGUUACAAAAUGAUUCAAUACUUAAGAUUACUUCGGAGUUUUGA